AUGCCGACUUUAGGAUUCCUGAAGAAGAAACGGACGAGGGAGUCGCCGGGUCAAAACGACCUUGCUUCCUCGCCUUCAGCUUCAGCUUUUAGCCAGCCAAAUAGUCCGAUAACACCAACUUCUUCCAGAGGAUUCGACAAUUCGAUUACAUCCGUCUCUACACAAUCGACCGCCCCUCAAUCCCUACCAACAUCUCAAUCAUCCGACGCGAACAAGACUGAUAUCUCCCCACCUGUGGGCGAACACUCGAAUAUGCAAGAAGUGGCUCAGCAACAGCAACCCCAGACCUCAUAUCCUCCCACGACAAUUCCAGGGCAACAAAAUCUUCCUUCGAUUAAUAACCUAAUAAAUCCUCCCCAACACGAUGGUGCAGGCCAUUCGGCACCAUCACAAAUGACAUCCAUCACAGAAUCUACCAGUUCGGUUGGAGCUGCAAAGACAGAGGCUGUGAUACCUACCCCACAAGUGCAGGCAACCCCGGUCCGGCAGACCAAGGGAAAAUACUCCUUGGGGGACUUUGAUAUUCUGCGAACACUUGGGACUGGUAGUUUUGGGAGGGUUCAUUUAGUUCAGUCAAAACACAAUCAGCGCUUCUAUGCGGUAAAGGUGCUGAAGAAGGCCCAGGUGGUCAAGAUGAAGCAGGUUGAACACACAAACGACGAAAGGCGGAUGUUACAAGAAGUCAAGCAUCCAUUUCUCAUUACACUUUGGGGGACGUUUCAAGAUUCAAAAAACCUAUACAUGGUGAUGGAUUUUGUAGAAGGCGGUGAAUUGUUCUCACUGCUACGCAAGUCGCAGCGUUUUCCCAACCCCGUAGCAAAAUUCUAUGCCGCAGAGGUUACUCUUGCCUUGGAAUACCUACAUUCAAAGCAAAUCAUCUACCGAGAUUUGAAGCCAGAAAAUCUACUCCUCGAUCGACACGGACACCUGAAAAUAACAGAUUUUGGGUUCGCGAAGAGAGUUCCAGAUAUCACUUGGACACUGUGUGGAACUCCGGAUUAUCUUGCGCCUGAGGUAGUCUCAAGCAAGGGAUACAACAAAUCCGUCGAUUGGUGGUCUCUAGGCAUAUUAAUCUUUGAGAUGCUCUGUGGGUUCACUCCAUUUUGGGACGGUGGCUCUCCAAUGAAGAUCUACGAAAAUAUCCUCAAGGGCCGAGUCAAGUACCCACCGUACAUUCAUCCUGAUGCCCAGGAUUUACUUCAGCGCCUCAUAACGGCAGACUUGACAAAGCGACUGGGCAACUUACAUGGGGGCUCAGAGGAUGUCAAGAACCAUCGAUGGUUCGCCGAAGUUACCUGGGAACGAUUGUCUAAAAAGGACAUCGAUGCACCCUAUGUUCCGCCCGUCAAGGCUGGCGUUGGAGAUGCGAGUCAGUUUGAUAAGUACCCGGAAGAAACCGAGCAAUACGGUGUAUCGGGACAUGAUGAGCAUGGACGUUUGUUCCAAGACUUCUAA